AAGCUGCCCACGAAUCAUAGAACGAAAAUAAAAAGAUCCCCGGAUUUUCACGGUCACGGUUCCGAGUUACGUAACCACAUCACAGCAAAAUGUUUUCCCUGGUGGCCUACGAAGACAGCGACAACAGCGACGAGGACGCUCCGAGUAAGUCGGCGGAACAGGAAGCGGAGGGAGACUCUUCGGCGAGCUCCUCGGACGACGAUUCAGACGACGAGGGUGAGCAAAAGGAAGUGCUGCAGCGGACAAAAAGUCCGGAAUUGAGAGAGCCAGCCCUUCCGAGCGCGAGCAUGAUGCUCGCGGACAACAAGAAAAUCAUUCCCGGCGGCGUCUUUAGCAAUCCGUUCCGAGAGGCGGAGGACGCCAAAAUUGCCAGCCUCGAGAAGCACGUUAAAAUGGUUGAUCCGGAGCACAAAACCGGCGACCAGAAGAGGAAAGUUUGCUGGAGCUACCGAAAGGGGCGGUGCCGGUUCGGGAGCAAGUGCAGCUUUGCGCACGAUUCCGACUUGAUUCUUAAGAAAGAGCUGCACGGAGUAAUUCCGGAAGAAGCUGGCGAAGAUGCCGCAGCAGGAACGUCGGUUGAAACGACAAACUUUAGUCGCAAACAGGGAACCAAUGCGAACAAAAAGAAACGGCCAGGGUUGAGUAGGGAACUGGUGCCACCGAAAAAGGUCCUUAAAAUGUACCACCGGGAAAAGUACAACGGAAAGCCGUGAAAUG